AUGAGAGAUCCCGAAACCGGGCUAAACUUUGCUGUCUUCAACAAACACGAGCACAAAUACCUCAAUGUGACGCCAUUUUCAGUAAUCUCUGUAAAAAAUCCAAAAAUCUGCCAAGUGACUUGCGUUGGAAACAGAAAAUGUUUGUCGUUCAAUCUGGAGGUCAAGCAGAAUGGGGAGAGGCGGAGAUGUGAGCUCUUUUCUACGGACAUAUUCAACUCGUCGCAGCAUUUCAUCAGUGAUGCAAACUUCGUACAUUUCAGUAUUAAGUCUUCAUGUGACCCGAUUCCCUGUGAGAACGGUGGAACAUGUGUGCCAUUCUACACCAACAACACGCAUGUGUGUCAAUGUACAAGUGCAUAUAACGGAUCGGCAUGCGAAAACUUGCUGAUUAAGAAUUGUGAAGACACUGAGGAAUCCGGAAUUUGUAAUGUCAAUAAUGCAAACGGAAAGGUACUGCAGGUUUACCGCCAUGUGACAAAAGAUUAUAAUUGGACUUUGAUUGCACGAUUUUCAAACAAAGAUAAUAAAAACUGGCUCCAAUCAGGCGGUCCGUGGUGGUAUGAUACCUUAGCUGCACAUGGCAGCACUACUGAUCCUUCCAUCAAUGAGGACAUGGUAUCGCCAGCACUCUGGUCACUUCAAGGCCGUGAAAUAAAACUUACUCGUUCGAAUGAUUAUUUCCAUACUCCUCUCCUGCAAACGGUUUCCAACUGUAUGGACUCUCACACUUUCCGUUCUAUGAUUACAAGUUACGGGAACUUUCGAACAACAACCUGGGCAAAUAGCAAGUGCCUUGCACGCUGCAAUGUAGCAUACAGUGGAGAUUACUUAUCGGUUAUUGGAUUUUCCUGGGCUAACUGCAGUGGUACCAUUCAAGAUAGCCAGAAGAUUGGGUUUUGGUGUGGCGGUAAUGAGGGUAAUUAUGACGGGUCAGUGAUGAUGAUUGGUGGAGGAGGUGACGGAUGUAACAGGGCUGACCAUGGUAUUGCAAUCACUGAGGAAAAUAAACCAAAAUUUGGAGAAGGAUGCGAUUUUGGAGAUUAUACGAGUUCGAUAGGCCAUUGCUCACCCGACUCGAAGUACUAUGCAAUCAAUUUGUGGAUCCGGGAAUAACGUUCAGCAAA